AAUUUUGAUCAAACCAUUCACACCUCUUUUUCGUUCGUGAUACAAGCAAAAAAACAAAAAAAAAUUAUCCCACAACGUAAAUAAUUUCUUUUUUCGAGCCAACUUGUUGCUUUCCUAUUCAUAGUAUGCCUCUAUUUAUAUCCUAAAUUCAUUUUUAUUCCGGAAAACCGAAAUAUCCAAAAAUUAUAAUUUAAUUUCUUCGCCUCCGUUACUGUAAUCACAUCCCUCGCAGCUUAAACGUCUUUUCAACGACGUUGAUCUUUUUGCGUGUAUAUGUAUGUAUGCGUAUAGACACACAUGUAUGCAGGACUGUAUGUUUCCUUGUUCAUGCAACACUCAUUCUUGAUCAUCCAAGGCUUAUGACAAGAUCAAAACAUUCUUAAAUAAUCUAUAGUUUGAACUUAAAGCCACACGUCUUUGUUGUGAUAACUAAUUAUAGUCAUGCAGACUUCUGAAGCAGACAGGGUGUCCAAGAAAAGAAGGUUUGAUAGCUUGGAUCACAACCCUCCUCCUGCUCCGGUGGAGAAAAUGGACGUGGAUAUCCCUUCUCUUCCCGGCUUUACGCCUCGAAUGUAUCAAAGGAAGAUUUUUAAAGUUGCUACAAAGAGAAAUACGAUUGCACAUUUAGAUACCGGGGCUGGAAAGACAUUAAUUGCUGUAAUGCUGAUUAAAGAAGUUGCUAAAUCUGUUAAGUUGAGUGGGGAAAAAAGAGUGAUCCUUUUCUUGGCACCCACUGUUGCGCUUGUACACCAGCAAUACAAGUUUAUAAAGGAUAAUACUGAGCUUGAAGUUGAUGAAUAUUAUGGUGCCAAAGGAGUUGAUUUUUGGGAUGCUGGAUCAUGGGAAAAGGAGAUUGAUCAAAAUGAUGUUAUGGUUAUGACACCUCAGAUUCUGUUAGAUGCAUUAAGGAAAGCAUUUUUGAAAUUUGGAAUCAUAUGCUUAUUAAUAUUUGAUGAAUGCCACCAUGCUACUAGGAAGCACCCUUAUGCAAAAUUGAUGGAGGAAUUUUAUCACAACUCUGAAGACAAGCCAAAGGUUUUCGGUAUGACUGCUUCCCCUGUAAUUAAAAAAGGUGUGUCUUCUGUCAAUGAUUCUGAGCAUCAAAUUUCAGAACUUGAAUCUAUACUAGAUUCUCAGAUUUACUCAGUUGAGAUUAAGAAGGAACAAGACUUGGCCAUCCCCUCUACAAAGGAACUCUUAAGAUUCUAUGAUCCAGCUGUGUGCUCCAGUUCAGAUUUAAAAAGGAAAUUGGAGUCCACAUGGUUGAAGUUUGAUGGCUCUUUGCUCAAGUUGCAAGCGUCACUUUCUGAUAACUUCAGAGAUACGGAUGAAAAACAGAAGUUACUUAGAAGCAGGAUGUCCAACAUUCACCAGAAGAUUUUAUAUUGUAUCAACGAUCUUGGUCUCAUGUGUGCUUUCGAGGCUGUAAAAAUCUUAACAGAGAACUCCCCUGAGGUCAAUACCGACUGUGAAUUUUAUAUGGAAAGCUCUCUCCAAUAUAAAUAUUACCUAGAAGAGGUGUUAAGUCUCGUUGAAGAAUCCUUGCCCCAAGGCCAUGAAAGUUUGUUGGACGAGGGGCACGACUAUGCGAAGACUGUAUCUACAUGUUUUAUAUCUCCGAAGUUAUAUGAACUCCUUCAAAUUUUUCAGUCAUUUGGGGAAGCUAAAGAAGUGCUUUGCCUAGUUUUCGUUGAACAAAUCAUUACAGCAAAAGCUAUUGAAAGAGUUUUUAAGAAAAUUAAUUAUUUGUCUCAUUUAUCGGCUUCAUAUUUAACUGGGACCAAUAACUCCGUUGAUGCCCUAACGCCGAAACUGCAGAAGGAAAUUUUGGAUUCAUUCAGAUCUGGGAAGGUAAACCUUUUAUUUACUACUGAUGUUGUUGAGGAGGGCAUUGAUGUGCCUAAUUGUUCCACUGUGAUACGCUUUGACCUGCCAACGACGGUUCGUAGUUAUGUUCAAUCACGUGGACGGGCACGUCAGGAUAAUUCCCAGUAUCUCAUGAUGCUAGAGAGGGGUAAUUUAAAGCAAAGAGACCAGAUGUUUGAUAUCAUACAAAGCGAGUAUCUUAUGCGAGACACUGCUUUAAAAAGAAAAGAGGACUCCUCAAGCUUAAAACCUUGGAAUACCAAAGAUAUUAGUACAUACGUGGUGCCUGCUACUGGAGCAUCAGUCACUGCAGAUUCUAGUGUGGGCGUCAUUUAUAGAUAUUGUGAAAAACUUCCCCAUGACAAGUACUACAGUUCAAGGCCCAGUUUUCAAAUCUUAUCGUCGGAGAACUUCUAUCAGUGUGUAAUGACGUUGCCUCCAAAUGCAGCUUUUAAAUCUGUAAUUGGCCCUUUUUGUGGAAGUACCCACCUAUCCAAGCAGCUUGUCUGCCUGGAUGCAUGUAAAAAGUUGCAUGAGCUUGGGGCUCUCAAUGAUCAACUUCUCCCAAUAAAUGAACAGCCAGAGAAAAGUGAUUCCAUUGUAAAGAACAAAGCUUCAAGUGCUGGAACAACAAAGAGGAAAGAACUACACGGAACAACCUGCAUUCAAGCACUAUCUGGGACAUGGGGCGAGAUGAUUGACAACAUGGAAUUUUUCGCCUACAAAAUAGAUUUUGUUUGUGACGAUCCUGAUGUACAUUAUUCAAGUUUCAUCCUUUUGGUUGAGUCGCGUCUUGCAGAUGAUGUGGGAAACUUCGAAGUUGAUUUGCACUUGAUCGAUAGGGUUGUCAAGUCUUCAGUUUCUUCAUGUGGGCAAGUACCUCUGGAUGCGGAACAGGUGAGAAAAUCAAAGUGCUUCCAAGAAUUUUUAUUCAAUGGGAUAUUCGGGAAGUUGAUUAUCAGCCAGAUAUCAAAAAAAGGAAGACAGAUUUUGCUUCAGAAUAAUGUGUCUUUAUGGAAGCCAUCAUAUAUGUACUUACUUUUACCACUAGAGUCUGCAAAAGUACCUAGUCAAGAAACCUGGAAAAUUGAUUGGGCAGUUAUAGAGACUUAUGGUUCUGCAAUUGAGUUUUUUAAGUUAAAUGCCUGGUUAAGUGCUGAACAAUCAGGCAGUGUAACUGGGGGUCUAAAAAACAAUGAUCUGAUUGGUAGCGAUGUCAAUUGUGUAGGUAAUAUACAAUUUGCAAACGGAAUACUUCCUGUCACAGACAUCAAAGAUAUGGUUGUUUUGUCAGUUCAUACAGGAAAAGUGUAUUCUGUUAUUGAAGUCCUUCUGGACCUUUCUGCUGAUAGUACUUUUGAUGGAUAUUCUGAUGAAGCACCAAUAAAUUACGCGUCCUUCACCGACUACUUCCAAAAACAGUAUGGGAUGUCUCUACUACGUCCGGAACAGCCUCUACUGCUGCUGAAACAAAGUCAUAAAGCCCACAAUCUUCUCAUUGAUUACAAAGAAGCAGGUUUUUUAAGUAAAAAGAGAAAAGAAACCAGCAGUAAAAAGGUUGAUAGAAAGCCAUAUGACCUUGUCCGCAUGCCACCAGAACUUCUGGUUUUUGUUGAUGUGGGAUUAAGUGUUCUAAAGUCGGUGUACUUGCUACCAUCCUUAGUUCACCGUCUGGAGUCCUUAAUGUUGGCCAGCCAACUUAGAGAAGAGAUUAAGAGUGACGUUGGAAACGUUCACAUAUCAAGCUCACUGAUCUUGGAAGCUCUAACAACUACGAAAUGCGGUGAGAGUUUCUCCAUGGAACGACUGGAGUUACUUGGGGAUUCAGUUUUAAAGUAUGCUAUAAGUUGCUACCUGUUUCUUAAAUAUCCGAACAAACAUGAAGGACAAUUAUCGGAUUGCCGCAUAAACGCUAUUCGUAAUUCCACUUUGCACAAGUUGGGAACUGAUAAAAAGAUACAGGGGUAUAUCCGAGAUAAUCCUUUUGAUCCUGGACGCUGGACUGCUCCUGGGCAGCAGUCUAUACGUCUUUUUCCGUGUGAACAUGGAGUGGAUACAGCUGAUGUCCCUCUAGAUAGUAAAUUUGUAAGCGAAGACACAAAAGUUAUGAUUGGAAAGUGCUGCGAUAGGGGUCAUAGGUGGAUGAGCUCCAAGACUAUAUCUGAUUGCGUUGAGGCCCUUAUAGGAGCAUACUAUGUCGGAGGUGGAUUGGUCGCCUCAAUUCAACUGAUGAAAUGGCUCGGUAUGGAUGUUGAAGUUCAGCACUCACUGCUUUAUGAUGCUAUGACAAAUGCAUCUUUAAACCUUUACAGCCCAAAAGCAAUAGAGAUUGGGAUCGUAGAGUCUAAGUUGGGAUAUCAAUUCUUGGUCAAGGGUCUGUUGCUGGAGGCCAUCACGCAUGCUUCGGGGGAGCAAGCGACCGGCCGUGGCUAUUGUUAUCAGAGGCUUGAAUUUCUGGGCGACUCUGUGUUGGACCUACUCAUUACAUGGUACUUGUACCAAAUGCACAAGGAUAUUGAUCCAGGAGAGUUAACAGACUUGAGAGCAGCCUCCGUCAAUAAUGAAAAUUUUGCAGCUGCAACUGUCAGAAAAAAUCUUCAUUUUCAUCUCCAACACUCAUCUGGACUUCUCCAAAAUCAAAUAACUGAGUUUGCUAGACUUGUUUCAGGUUCAUAUAGCAACAACAAGGCAUCCCCUCCUGCAAAAUGUCCCAAGGCACUUGGCGACUUAUUGGAGAGUAUUGCAGGGGCAAUAUUAAUUGAUAGCAAGCUUAAUCUUGAAGAGGUGUGGAGAAUCUUCAAGCCGAUAUUAUCACCAAUUGUGACACCUGAUAAACUUGAACUCCCCCCGCUACGUGAACUAAACGAAUUGUGCGACUCUCUUGGAUUAUUUGUUAAAGAUAAUUGCCUAACUAAAGGAGCAGCGGUGUUUGCUGAGCUUAGUGUGCAGCUAAACGAUACACGGUUGUUUAGAGAGGGGUGGGGGCAAAGCAGGAAAGCUGCAAAGGCUCAAGCAGCUCUUCAGUUACUGAAAGAUCUAGAAGAUAGAGGGAUUUCACGGCGAAAACAAAAUGUGGACUCUAUUGUUGCCUCAUCUUCCCCAAAUUCAGCAAUUCCGAUCUGCAACGAAGCAUGUACUGAAUCUUUGACAAAUCUUUCAUCCCCCAAGAGGCACAAGGCAUAUGACGGACGAACCACAACUCAAACUCCUAGUACCAAUGGGUCUAAAAACAAUAUGUGCGUUCUCGAAUCAAUUAGGAUGACGAAAGGGGGGCCACGAAACGCCCUCUAUGAUGUAUGCAAGAAACAACAAUGGCCAUUGCCUAAAUUUACGACAACUGAGAAAAAGUCAAGAUAUCCCAUGGAAAUCGGUGAAGGCUCUGAAAUGAGGCAAGGGUUCAGUAGCUUUGUGUCGCAGAUCACCUUAACCAUUCCAAAUUACGACGUUAUUGUUGUCAGUGGACAUCAACGUGCAGACAAGAAAAGUUCAUACGACUCUGCAUGUCUUCUCAUGUUGUCUGAACUUGAGCAACGGGGGUUUCUAAGCAUUGCCAAAUCAUGAUGUUGUAUACAUGUCAGAUAUUAUAUUGUUAGGGGAUUGACUAUUGAGAAUGGUAAUUUUUAGAUAGAAAGUAGUUGUUGAAAGCAUUGACAAAUUAUGGUGUUUGCAUACAAAUUUUUGAGUUUCACGGAAGUUGGUUGGAAUUUGAGUUAUCAAUACAUAAGAAAAU